GACAUUUUUCCAAACUGCAGCUUAGUCAGGUCCAAUGAAGGUGAAGCUUGGAGGUGGCAACUUAUGUCCAAGCAUUUCUACCCGGAAGCUGUUUACGGUGAUGAAGGAGACAAACCUCAAAUGCGCUGGCGGAGAAGAACCACUUUCACUGAAAUUGCCUCUUCUUAUGCUGAUGUCAAUGAAACCAAAUCUCAGAAAAACCACAGUGGCUUACCAAAUCGAGGCAUCUCCAAUGGAUCUGAUGCUUCAAAGACUAAACCAAUGCUCCAAAAUAGUCGGGAUGGCGAGAUGGUGGAAGAAGAUGCGCUUGACAUUGUAUUUGGUGGUACAGAGCCAACAGAGAGCAUUCCUGCGCCAGUUAUUAGUUCGAAGGGUGCAGGAGGCAAAACGCAAACUCGCAAACAGAAAAGAGCUCAACGAAGACAGAGACUUAAAAACCGUGAAGCUUCCACCACAAAUACUCCUCAGUACGAACUUGCAUAGUAGAGAAGACAAAGAAAAACAGUUAUGUCUCUUCUGCUUGAUGUUUAUCACAAUGUAGUAUUUGUUCUAUUUAAGAUCACCUUUAGCUAAUCCAUGGAUCCAAGUUUUUACUUCCAAGUUGUCAUUUUGUGAAGGAUAAUGAUUCUGUAAAAGAAUACAUUUGAUGAUUAUUGAAGUAAUAAAAAUGUUUUCACUGUA